AUGGCCUUCCAGGUGCUUCAAGUUCGUGGCUUGCGCUAUUUAACCCAACCCCAUGGCCUUCUCUUUUAUCCACCUCAACGACGAAAUGCAUCAUUUUCCCCCUCCGACUCAGAAUUAGAUGAACGAUUGCUCUUUCCACCAGAGGACUGGAUACAUGCUAUCACCCACGGUUACGGCUUGCUGGAACAGCGAAUAUCUCGCAUUAACCGCCAGGGCAAGCCGUUCUACUCGAAAUUGGAAGAAUACAGAGUCACCUCCAUCACCCAUUGGUCCAACCGUGUGUGGCGGGACGUUGGGGAGAGGGAGUUCCUCGUAGCUGAAGUCGUGAAUACGACGAAACCCGACGAGGAAGUGCGUUAUGUUCGUUUCUACCGUUCAGAAGACCAGACAGCAAGACUGGAAACCCUUCACGGCGCAGCGUGGCCUGAGGAAUCAGACACAUAUGGGAGCCUCAAACAGGGGAUAGCGUACGCUAUGUUGACGUACACCGACCCUCCUGCAGGAGGGCUUACGGCAGAGCAGCUCGAAGAUGUACGUCAGAAGGACGCGAAAUUUUACAAAGACAACCCAAAUAUGGACGCGCCCUCCUAUGAAAGCCACUUCUCCGGACAGGGGUCAAGAGACGAGAUCAACUGUCUUAAGCGCCCACCAUCUUGGACAACCGCCAUCAAACGAACCACAUUUACCCCAAGAAGUCUCCCCUACGCUGACCUAUUUAUCAUUGCAAUAGUUGCUCACCAGUGCCAGCCGCUCUUCAACAUUUUUCGACGCCAGUCACACUGGUACGCCUCGACCAUGAUGGAUUUAAUUCGAGAUCUUGAAGGCGAUGAAGUCAGAGCCGUUGAUGAACGCCUGGUCGACUGCGCUCGCAUAACCCCUUGGUACGCGAAUGCGAAACGCCACGCAUACUACACGAUUGUGCCCAUUGAAAAGGUGCGCCCGUUAAUCUCGCAAGCGGCGCGGUCACUGUAUAAGAAAGAGGGCGAGGCACAUAUGGAGAGGAUGGCGAAAGCCCAUGAGGAGUACACCGAAGUGGUACAGCUGGAGCAACGCGUUAAACGGCUCCAAAUGGAGGUCGAAGCUCUACGCAAGGCGAAUGAAAGGAAGGAAACCAUCCUUGAGACACUGGAUUCGCGUUUCAGCGAAGAUACAUUGUGUCAAGAAAUAGAGAAGGAGACCAAGGAUCCGAAGGCAGAAGAACUUCAAGAUGAUAUACAGACCUCCUUGAUUGAGGAACACGAAGCCGGGGUAGCCCCUCCCAACAGUGUUGGGUACUGA